AUGGAAAGCAAAAACCAACAACACGGAAAAAAAAAAAAAAAAAAAAAAAAAAAAAAAAAAGCAGUUUUGGGGACGAAGUACAAAUUUUUUUGGGGGAGAGAUAGGGGGGGGGGGGGGGGGGGGGGGGGGGGGGGGGGGGGGGGGGGGGGGGGUUGUCACGGUGGGGGGGGGGGGGGGGGGGGGAGGGGGGGGGGGGGGGGGGGGGGGGGGGGGGGGGGGGGGGGAGAGACGGAGCAAAAACAGGGAAGAAGAAAAGUGAGGAAAGAAAGAAAAGAAAAAAACAAAAAGCGUCAGAAAAGGAGAAAAAAAAAAAAAACAAAGAAGAGGAAAGAAGGCGAGGAAAAAAAGGAGAAAAGAAACGACGAACAAACAAGAGAAGGAGGGAAGAAGAAGGGCGGGGAGGGGGGGGCGGGGGGGGGGGGGGGGGAGGGGAGGGGGGGGGGGGGGGGGGGGGGGGAGGGAGCGGUGGGGGGCAACGGGGGGGGGGGCAGCGGGGGGGGGGGGAACGGGGGGGGGGGGGGGGGGGGGGAGGGGGGGGUGGGGGAGGGAGGGGGGGGAGGGGGGGGGGGGGGGGGGUUGUGGGUGGAGAAGGGAGGGGGGGGAAAGGGGGGGGAAAGCAAAAAAGGAAAGAAAAAGAAAAAAGGAGGGAGAGGGAGGCAGUAG